GCUUCCGGGGCGGGACCUCGGAUCCCGGAACUGGUCAUAGAUCUCGGCUAAAGCAUCGGGGUCUUACUGUCGGCUGUCUCUUGUGCCCGCUCACGCUCGUCCAGUCGCCGCUGCCGUCUGUCGCCGCCAUGGGGAAGCGACAGCACCAGAAGGACAAGAUGUACAUUACCUGUGCUGAGUAUACUCACUUCUAUGGUGGCAAGAAGCCAGAUAUCCCCAAAACAAAUUUUCGUCGUUUACCUUUUGACCACUGCAGUCUCUCUCUGCAGCCGUUCGUCUACCCGGUGUGCACCCCUGAAGGCAUCGUCUUUGACUUGCUGAGCAUCCUCCCUUGGCUUAAGAAGUACGGGACCAACCCUAGCAACGGAGAGAAACUAGAUGGACGGUCCUUGAUUAAGCUAAAUUUUGCGAAGAACAAUGAAGGUAAAUAUCACUGCCCUGUGCUGUUCACCGUGUUCACCAACAACACCCACAUCGUGGCCAUCAAAACGACGGGCAAUGUCUAUGCCUACGAGGCAGUGGAGCAGCUGAAUAUCAAGGCCAAGAACUUCCGGGACCUGCUGACCGAUGAGCCCUUCUCCCGGCAGGACAUCAUCACCCUUCAGGAUCCCACCAAUUUGGACAAAUUUAACGUCUCCAACUUCUUUCAUGUAAAGAACAAUAUGAAAAUGAUAGACCCAGAUGAAGAAAAAGCCAAACAGGACCCGUCUUACUACCUGAAAAACACGAACGCGGAGACCCGGGAGACCCUGCAGGAGCUCUACAAGGAGUUCAAAGGGGACGAGGUUCUGGCGGCCACCAUGAAGGCCCCUGAGAAGAAGAAAGUGGACAAGCUGAACGCCGCCCACUACUCCACUGGGAAGGUCAGCGCUUCCUUCACCUCCACCGCCAUGGCUCCAGAGACGACGCAUGAAGCAGCCGCCAUCGAUGAAGACGUCCUGCGCUACCAGUUUGUAAAGAAGAAGGGCUACGUGCGGCUCCACACCAACAGGGGUGACCUCAACCUGGAGCUGCACUGCGACCUGACGCCCAAGACCUGUGAGAACUUCAUCAGGCUCUGCAAGAAGCACUGCUACGACGGCACCAUCUUCCACAGGUCCAUCAGGAACUUCGUGAUCCAAGGGGGUGACCCCACUGGCACUGGCACGGGUGGAGAGUCGUUCUGGGGAAAGCCUUUCAAAGACGAGUUCCGGCCCAACCUCUCCCACACGGGCCGGGGUAUCCUCAGCAUGGCCAACUCGGGGCCCAACAGCAACAAGUCUCAGUUCUUCAUCACUUUCCGCUCCUGUGCCUACCUGGACAAGAAGCACACCAUCUUUGGGCGGGUUGUUGGAGGCUUCGACACACUGACAGCCAUGGAGAACGUGGAGAGUGACCCCAAAACUGACCGCCCUAAGGAGGAGAUCCGCAUCGAGUCCACCACAGUGUUUGUGGACCCCUAUGAGGAGGCUGAUGCUCAGAUCGCUGAGGAGCGCAAGAAGACGCAGCUGAAAGAGGAGGCCCUGGAGACCACUGUGAAGACAAGCCAGCCCCAGCUGGGGAGCCCUGGACCCCAAGCGUACCGCCAGGGGGUUGGCAAGUACAUCAGCCCAGAGGCCACGAAGCGGGCAGCAGAGGAAGAGCCAUCCACUAGCACCGCCGCCCCCACAGCUAAGAAGAGGCCCAGCAGAGGCUUUGGGGACUUCAGCUCCUGGUAGCCGACCUGGAGCUUCUGCAUUCCGAAGGCUGGCUUCCCGCAGAGACUCAAUAAAGCUUUGUUGUUGCCCAGACCCCCUCUGCUGAGAGCCACUCAGGCCUUGGGAACCCAGCCUCCCCUCCCCACACCCUUGCAGAGUGCUGGCUGUCUCCCAGCAGGGGUGUGGGCGUUUUCUUACCCCCAUGCCCUUGUCAUCUCAGGGCUGGUCUGUUUACCCAGUCAGUUCCUGGGCCCGUGGCAUCACCUGGGGACUUGUCAAAAAGGAUUCUCAGACCCCAGGAAUCAGAAGCUGAGCACUCAGGCCAGCGUGGCCUCUGUCAGCAGCCUCCUGUGCUUCAAGUGGCAGUGCAGUUGACAACCUGGACGAGACCCUUGGUGCGCCUCUCAGAACCCGUUUCUAUUCCUGCUUGUCCGGCUCGCCCAGGCCAGUGCCCCCAGCAGUGACCACCGGCCCGGCGCCGCCACAGCCGCCCCUCCCACCACUCCUCCCUUCAUGCCUCAUCUGUCCAGUGGGUGCCUGCGCUGCUCCAUGCACGGCCCCACUCUGCCUGAGUCACAAGACACCCCUCCAUGCCAGGUGCAGCCUCCUGCUCCUACUGGUCCUGGAGGAGGAUGGGGCAGAGCCCUGGGGAGUUGGCAUGACCACUUCUGACACCACCCCGCGUGUGCUCGGCUAUCGCUUGGCUUGGGCGCUGCUGCUUCCCCACUUGCUCUGAUGCUGCUGGGCCAGUGGCAGUCAUGCCCCCAACUUCCAGAGCCCUCCUUUGACCCCCCCAUUUUUUGGUAAAAUAUCUUCAGAAGGAUUACACUUGCCUACCUUUCCUCGCUUCGGUUCAUUCCUCAGCUCACACCAACCUGGCUCUGUUCCCUUGACCUCUGUCCUGAGGCAGUGGGCGCUGCGAACUCAUCCUGGAACACCCGGCCCAUCUUUCCUAGCCCCAAGGCUGUAAGAGCAUCAAGCCUCAGGGGUAGCAUGUCCCUCCCUACUGUGCUGUCUGACCUCCCCCUGCCCAUAGCAGCACCCUCAGCAGGCCCUGCCACCUCCCAGCUCAUCAAGCUGAAAUUUGACUUGCUUCUUGGUUUCUUCCUUUCCCUCUCCCAAGACCUCUAAGUCUUUGCAAGUCUUGACAGCUCUUGCUUCCAGAACAUGUCUUGGCUCUCGUUGCUUUUCCAUCUCUGCUGCAGACACCUAUGCCAGCCCUGUGCCCCUCCCUGGACGGCACAGCAGAGUCUCCGCUCACUCGUGCCUCUUUUCUGCUCAUCCUCGCUUGCACAGCCGCCAGGCAGUCCCAGGAGACACACCUCUGUUACCGUGUUUCAAGCCAUUCAUCACACCAAGAACAAGCUCCGCAUGCCUCACCUAGCCAGCCAGCUCCAGCCUGCACCCCAGCCAGCUUCUUUGCAGAGGGGUGGUCUGGGCUCCCACACCCACCAUGUCCUCAGGGACUUCAAGGACCACCUUCAGACAGACGUCUGGGUAACACCUGUGGGAGGUGUGCAGUCUGCACUGCCCCCAAGAGCCCGUGUCACACGUGUGAUGGGCUGGGUGAGACUGUAGCUGUGGGUCAGGUGCAUGCGGUAGCUUAGAGGUGCAAGCGGGGGGCUGGAGGUCCUGGAAAGGCCAGGGAGUGUGGACGCACACUGUGGAGACCAGCCCGUGCUGAGAGGUGUGUACAGGCACCCAGGUGGAGGGUGGACUGGCCCUGCAGGACGGAACGGGGUGAGCAGCCCAGCCAGACCGCAGCCCCAGUUGUGUUUGGACUCUGACAGCUCUGAGCCUUGGAGAUGGUGCUUCUGAGACAGGAACUGGUGUGACGCGUGCUGGGCCUGAGGCGCCCGUGGCUCCCACAGAGGGGUGACCUGCCCCUGUGGUGCAACAGGAGGGCAGGGCAGCACCAGAGUGCAGAGAUGGUGACCAUUGAAAGCUUUAUU